AAUACCUGGACCAUGAAGGUGGCCUUCAGAUUGCUUCUCCCACUCUUCCUUGUGCUGGUGUCGGAGGUGAGCGGGCAGCGCAGGAAGCCUCCCCGGAAACCCACGCGUCCGCCCCCGGAGCCGGUGGAGCCCGUGGAGCCCACAGAGCUGCCGCCGCCCCUUCCGCCAGGUCCUCCUUCCAUCUUCCCUGACUGUCCCCGGGAAUGCUACUGCCCUCCGGACUUCCCCUCUGCCCUCUACUGUGACAGUCGCAACCUGCGGAAGGUGCCCAUCAUCCCGUCCCGCAUCCACUACCUCUACCUCCAGAACAACUUCAUCGACGACCUCCCCGAGGAGUCCUUCAGAAACGCCACCGGGCUGAAAUGGGUCAACCUAGACAACAAUCGCAUCCGGAAGGUGGACAGGCGGGUCCUGGAGAAGCUGGAAAACCUCAUCUUCCUCUAUAUGGAGAAGAACCAGCUCAAGGAGGUGCCUGCCUUCCUGCCACCCAACCUGGAACAGCUGCGUCUGAGCAGGAACCAGAUCUCCAAGAUCCCUGCUGGGGUCUUCAACAAGUUGGAGAACCUGGUGCUCUUGGACCUGCACCACAACAAGCUAAGCGAUGGGGUCUUCAACAAAAACACCUUCAAGGGACUCAAGAACCUCAUGCAACUCAACCUCGCCCACAACAUCCUGAGGAAAAUGCCACCGGGGGUGCCCAGUGCCAUCCACCAGCUCUUCCUAGACAGGAACAACAUUGAGGACAUCCCCAGUGACUACUUCAAGGAGUUCCCCAACCUGGCGUUCAUCCGGCUCAACUACAACCAGAUCUCUGACAAAGGGCUGCCCAAGAACUCCUUCAACCUCACCAACCUGCUCGUGCUGCACCUGGCCCACAACAAGCUCACCAACGUCCCCUUCAUCAGCCCCAAGCUGGAGCACCUCUACCUAAAUAACAACUCCAUUGAAA